AUGGAGGCGAAAGUGACUCUUGCGGAAUUACACAACACUAUCAURCAAAUCGCAAAAGACACAGCACCAGGGCCAGACAAAGUCUUAUACUCAGACCUAAAGUCAAUUGCAAAUGAUGAGCUACUGUUACUUGAACUACUGGAAAUUGUCAACACUACACUGAAAAAAGGGGAAAUUCCUGCUGACUGGAGGGACUUCAACCUAUCUGUGUUACCGAAACCAAAUAAAGAUCACAGGCUUCUUAAAGGAUACCGUAUCAUCACCAUAUCUAAUGUAUUAGUCAAAUUAUGCGAAAAGAUUGCUGCUAGAAGGAUGGUAGAACAUCUAGAAAAAAGAAAUUGCUUGCCUAAAAGUGUUGGAGGAGCAAGGCCACGAAGAUCAACUACUUCUAAUGUCGGAGCAUUAAUGGAAAGGUUACAAAAAGGUUUGCAAAACACAAAAUGCUUUGAGAAUGCAUACAACAGAGUACACAUACCGACGUUAGCAGAUAAAAUGAACACAUAUGGUAUAUCGGACGUUAUGGUGAGAUGUUUUCUAUCCAUGUUAGACGUGAGAACAUGCUCUAUGAGGUUUGGAAGCAGGAGAUCGGAUCCAUUUAAUGUCAGUUCAGGACUGUCACAAGGUUCACCGUUAAGUUGUGCGUCAUUCAAUAUCUAUACUGCUGACAUUAUUGGAUGCACAAAAGACGAAGGAACUGAUCCAUUUUCAUAUGUAGACGACAUUAUCAUAAGCUAUGAGAGUGAAUCACCAGUUGAAGCACUUGAUAAACUUCAAUAUGCAUACGCAUUAGAACAGUGGACAAAUAACAAUCAUGAGAAUUCAGCCAGACAAACUAUUUUGGAUGUCAAAUAA